UUGAGACGCAGGUGACGCAGGUAACGCAGCGUAGGACAGCACAGGUUUCUGUUUUCCGUACAAUUACAUUACGCCGCGCAAAUUGAAACGCAGGGCAGUGCAGCACAGAACUGUGUUUAAGAAAACCUGCCAGCGCAGUCGUCCGGACACAGAUUCCUGUGCCACGUGCAGAGCAGUUUGUUUGUUUCUAGUAAAGUUUUGUGUGGUUAUAUUCGAAAUGAAUGAACAAUUAAUUGAAUUGGUGAGAAGCCAGACAAUUCUUUACGAUACCAACGAUCCCAAUUAUUUAAAAGCAAAAUUGAAGGAUGAAUUAUGGAAUGAUAUAGGAAAAAAACUAAAUUUAAAAAGCGGAAAUGAGGCGAAGACACUUUGGCUUAAGCUUCGUAACUGCCACCGCGAUGCACUGCGAAGACAGAAAAAGUGUCUAAAAAGCGGAGCUGCUGCUGUCGUCAUCAAAAAAUGGAAAUUUCAAAAACAGAUGAAUUUUUUGAUUCCAUAUAUGUCCAACAGAUCACGUGAAGGUAAUUUACAAGAAGAUAGUGAAGAUGAAGACCUACAACAGGAAGACUCCAUAGUUGAUCCAGACAGUGAAAUUUUUGACGAGGUGGCCAGCGACAUUCGACAUGAUACCGAAGAAAUCGAGAGUGUUAAAAAUGAUAUUGUUGAUGAGCCGUCUACGUCUGGUAUUGUUAUACAAAAAAAUAACGAAAAAGAAAAUGCCAAACGUAAGGCAACUGCAGACCAAUCAAUCACAACCAAACCAGCUAAAAAUAAUAAACCUAAAAAUGAUGAUAUACAGGAAGUGAUAAAGCAGUCAAUUAUCCAACGUCAAAAAAGGGCCGAAGAAAGAGCAGUUGAAAGGGCAGUACAGAAGCCUUUGGAUGAUGAUCUCUAUCAUUUUUAUAUGUCGAUGUACAAAAUAACCAAAAAAAUGUCUCCUAAAUUUCAACAUCGUGCAAGAAAUGAUGUGUUUCAAGCUAUAUCGCAGCUGGAAGCUGCAUAUCUAGAAAUGCAGGAUCCCAGUCAAGAAAACUACACUUAUCGUGAACAAAGAGUUUUUACAGGUGCAUAUGUUAAUACUCAUAUUCAGCAGCCCUCUUAUUCGUCAACACCUCUUCCAUCACCAAGUUCCAGCCACAGUAGUCAGAAUACUGAGAAUCAACAUUAUAAUAAUCCUCUAGCUCCUAUGACCAACAACUCUUUUUUAUGCUCGAGUGCUUACAACUCUAGAAGCACCAAUAAUAAUUAUUCAUCUACCACACUCACCCCCAGGUUGUCUACUGAGACAUCUCCUCAAACCGCCAAUACCGGUAAUAUUCGUAAUUUUGUGGAAAAUUAUAGAGUAUAGAAUUAUGACUGUUUAAAUGGACAUUUUUGUAUUUUUUAAUAAAACA